AUGCAGGCACACAGAUCGGGUGUUUUUAAACAAGUUCACAAAGCACACCGAGUUGGUAGACAUCGUACGAAGCGAGCGAUUCACAGAGAUGUAAAAGGUAUGCGGUUUUUAUUUGAUAUUUGAUUGUUUAGGUAAAAAGAUCACCAAAAGAGCGAGUGGACCUGGUGGAAAAUUGGCUAGAGUCAUUUCCAAUGUUGAUAGGAAGAAUCAGAGGAAACAAUGGAGGGAAUUGAAGAACAAGAUGCUACAACAACAAGCUCAAUUAGAAGGUGGACCUAACAGAGCUCCCCAAAUGGUCACUGUUUUGUGUUUGGACGAAGAAUUGCUGGCUACUGAGAUUGUGGACAAACUGGUGAAGGUUGAUGAGGAAGCCCAAGUGUUUAGAAGCGAUCGUGCAGGCGUUACCUACUUGAACAUACCAAGAUUCAAGUCUCGUUUCGGAUUUUUAUGUCCGAACCCAAAGAUAUUGGAGAGUUUAUUGGACGCGAUGAAGGUAUCUGACGCUAUGAUGAUUGUUUGGCCUACAGAUGGGGAAUUGAGCGACGAGCAGACUGAACUUUUGGAUAUUGUUUUAGCUCACGGAACUCCAGCAUUGGUUCAUGUUGUCGCUGGUAUGCCGCCAUCAGGCAAACAGCGGGAAGCUUUGAGGAAAAAUUUGGAAAAGAAGAUUGACAGAUGGUAAAAUAUUCUAACAUUGCUUUUCAAACUAAUUAUUUGCUAUUACUAAAAUAAUUAAAAAUAUCACUUUAGGGUAUCUACGAAGAGAGGUAUCUCGUUCUUGGACACAGAUGCCAACAGUUUGGUUCUUCUCAGACAUCUGUCAACUUUGAAAAAGAAAACUCAUCAGACUAGACGGCCUUUUAUUUUGAUUGAACAAGCUGAGAUGGUAGACAACAAAGGUGGUAUUGGAACGCUGAAGGUGACAGGUUAUGUUAGAGGACCACCUUUGAAUGUCAAUAGAUUAGUACAUAUUCAAGGAUGGGGCGAUUUCCAGUUGGAGAAGAUUGUUGAUGGCAGAGAUCCAAGGUCUUUAAAAAGACGAGUGGUAAGUUUGUUAAUUUUGGGCACUAUGUAAAUAAUACUAUGUGUAUGUUUUAGGUAAUAAACAUGCAAUAACAAAAAUAAUGACAAUUUCAGUACAACACGGAAGAGACAGAUGUUAUUGCUGUAGCAGAUCAAAACGAGUUGGAAUCUUUACAAUCAGAAGUCAUUCCAGACCCAAUGGAUACAGAACAGCCAGAUGUUGAUGAAGGACCUCAAUUUGAUGGUGUUUGUAAGUUACUUUGAAAUAUUUUUAGGCAUCCUUUAAAACACUUUUUUUAUAAAAGUCGAGCAACGGUUCAAUACAGAUUUUAAUUUGAAAACUUUUGAACAAGUUUGAAUUUUCACGUAGCCACUGUGUUUCACUCUUAUAAAAAACGUGUUUUAAAUAAAGUUGUAUUAAUCUUCUUGUUUAAAAGUUACUUGUUUUGUAAUAUCAAAAACGAACUUUUCUAGUCAAAGUACCAAAACUGAAGAAGAAGGUACCAGCUGGAAUGUCAGAGUACCAAGCGUCGUGGAUCGUAGACAAUGAUGAGUUUAACGAUGACUCUGAUGGUGCUGAAGAUGAGGAGGACUUUGAGGGUGAAGAGGAAGAUAGUGAAGAUGAAGAUUAUCUGGAGAGAGACAUGAAUCCGAUGGAGGAAGAAGAGGAGGACGACGCCAUGAGUAUAGGUUCCGCUAUGAAUGAGACGAUAUCUAUAGCUGGCAUUGAGGACAGAGCAGCUGAUGAGGACGAGGUCAGAAAGUUCAGGGAAGAGAACGAGGACAAACAAUGGCCAGAUCAAGUGGAAUGUCCUAUUGAUCAACAAGCGCGGGUCCGGUUUCAGAAGUACAGAGGAUUGAAGAGUUUUAGGUAUGAAAUUUAAUAUUUUUAGCGUUUAUAAAGACUUUAAAGCAAGAAUGUUUUAAAUUUUUAAUUUAGGACAUCUCCAUGGGACGAGAGGGAGAACUUGCCAAUAGAUUACGCUAGAAUCUUCAAGUUUGCUUCAUUUUCGAGAACGAAGAGACUUGUUAUCAAAGAACAACAAGCUGAUUAUACUGAAGAAAAGGCAUCUCAAGUGGCCAAAACUGGUGUAUAUGUUACAGUAUAUGUCAAGAAUGUACCUGCUCAUAUCUUGAGUAUGUUUUUUGUUUUUUAAUUGGUUUUAGGUAUCAAUUUUUAUUUUUUAAAGAAUUUUUUAGUGAUGUUUUAUGGUUUAUAGUGUAUAAUACUUGUAUUUUAGACGACAUUGAUCCCAGAUAUCCGCUAGCAUUGUACGGUCUUCUGAAGCACGAACAGAAGUUCUCCGUGAUGAAUGUGGUUCUGAGGAAAUAUAAUGGAUACACAGCUCCCGUUAAGAACAAGGAGACUUUGGUAUUCCAUGUUGGGCCAAGAAGGUUUGCGGUCGAUCCCAUUUUCUCACAACAUUCAACUGGAGACAAGUAUAAGGUACGUUAUCUUGGUGCAUUGGUCUUGAUAUUUUUAGUAUUGUAAUGUUUUGCAUUUUGUAAGUUUUUUUAUUUUCAGAUGGAAAGGUUUAUGCCAGAGGGCACACCGUUUGUUGCCAGUUACUAUGGCCCAGUGACGUUCGGACCUUGUCCAGUGUUAGUGUUCAAACGAGAUAUGGAAGGAAACGAGACCUUUGUAGCUUAUGGAAGUGUACUGAACGCUAAUCCAGACAGAAUUGUGCUGAAGAGAAUCGUACUAUCAGGACAUCCUUACAAGAUCACCAAGAGGUCUGCCGUCGUCAGAUUCAUGUUCUUCAAUAAAGGUAAGUUAUUUUUUUUAUUGUGAUAUCAUCAAGACAUAGGAGUGUCUAAUUGUAGAGUUAUUCACUGAUGAAUUAAUGUAAACUUAAAAUAAUAUUGUAUAGCUUACUCAAUAUUUAUUUACAGAGGACAUUGACUGGUUCAAACCUGUCGAACUCUAUACAGACAACGGUCAUCGUGGUCAUAUCAAGGAUUCUAUUGGUACACACGGCUUGAUGAAGUGUGUGUUCAACACUCCUUUGGGAAAACAAGAUGCAGUCAAGAUGAACUUGUUCAAGAGAGUGUUCCCUAGAUGGACCUUCACUCCUUACUUUGUUCAACGACAGAAUCUGGCACCAGUCGUGGAAGAUACGGCGAAUUGGGUGGAAGAAUCUAAGGACGUGGAGAUGGAGUGA